AUGGAACAGCUGGAGAGCUGGGAAGGAGGUCCCCAGCUGGUAAACCCGGAGCAACCCUGGCUGCGACCGCGAGUGCCCAGGGACGUGCUGUUCGUGAUCGGCGGCUGGAGCAACGGCAGUGCCAUCAACCUCAUUGAGACGUACGACUGCCGGGCCGACCGAUGGCUCAUCUUUUCCAGCGACACUGGGGUCAAGCCGAGGGCUUACCACGGCGUGGCGGUGCUGGACGGCCUCAUCUACGUGGUGGGCGGCUUCGACGGCACCGAGUGCUUCAACUCGGUCAUCUGCAUGGAGCCGCAGGAGAACAAAUGGUGCGCCAAGUCGUGCAUGCAUUACGCGCGCUGCUACGUGAGCGUGGCUGUGUUACACGGCUCCUUGUAUGCCAUGGGCGGCUACGACGGAGAGCGCCGCACGGCCACCACCGAGCGCUACGACCCGGCAGAAAACCAAUGGACCCUGGUGGCCGACAUGCACGAGGCCCGUAGCGACGCCUGCGCUGCAGUGGCCUUCGACCGUAUAUACGUAGUCGGUGGAUUUACGGGUCGAGAGGUGCUGAACACCAUAGAGUACUACGAUCCGACGAAUAACACAUGGAACGCCAUCCGGGCCAUGAACAGCCCAAGAAGCGGAGUGAGGGUGAUGACCUUUAGGGAACAGCUCUAUGUGAUCGGUGGCUUCAACGGCACUAACCGUCUUUCCUCGGUGGAAAAGUACGAUAUAAAAAGAGAGCGCUGGACGGACGUUCCAAGCAUGACCUGCCCCCGUAGCAACUUCGCCGUCACCGUGCUGGAAGACACCAUCUACGUCAUUGGCGGUUUCAACGGAAAUACGACUGUUCAGCUGGUCGAGUGCUACAAUGUGGAUGAACAAGUUUGGCGCAAGGUGACUAACAUGAACAUCAACCGAAGCGCGUUGGGCGCUUGUGUACUUGAGAACUUGCCUAAUGCCAGGAAAUAUUCGGUUCUAGCUAUGGGUUAG